AGCGGUUGCGCCGUGGCGGGGGGGCGGGGCGCGUGUCGGUGGCGCUCAGCUCGCGGUCAUGGAGUCGCCGGUCGCCUUGCUGUUGCUGCUGCUGCUAUGUCUCGGGGCCUUGGCCCCGACGCCCGGCAGCGCCUCCUCGGAGGCUCCGCCGCUGGUCAACGAGGACGUGAAGCGCACGGUGGACCUGAGCAGCCACCUAGCCAAGGUGACGGCUGAGGUGGUCCUGGUACACCCGGGCGGCGGCUCCACAUCACGAGCCAGCUCUUUCGUUCUGGCCCUGGAGCCAGAACUGGAGUCGCGGCUUGCGCACCUAGGCGUGCAGAUAAAGGGAGAAGAUGAGGAAGACAACAACCUAGAAGUACGAGAAACCAAAAUUAAAGGGAAAAGUGGGAGAUUUUUCACGGUCAAGCUCCCAGUUGCUCUUGAUCCUGGGUCCAAGAUCUCGGUCGUUGUGGAAACUGUCUACACCCAUGUGCUUCAUCCGUAUCCGACUCAGAUAACUCAGUCAGAGAAACAGUUCGUCGUGUUUGAGGGCAACCAUUAUUUCUACUCUCCCUAUCCAACAAAGACCCAGACCAUGCGAGUGAAACUGGCGUCCCGAAAUGUGGAAAGCUAUACCAAGCUGGGGAACCCCUCGAGAUCUGAGGACGUCCUUGAUUAUGGGCCUUUUAAAGACAUCCCUGCCUACAGUCAGGACACUUUCAAAGUACAUUACGAGAACAAUAGCCCUUUCCUGACCAUCACCAGUAUGACCCGGGUCAUCGAGGUAUCUCACUGGGGCAAUAUUGCUGUGGAAGAGAACGUGGACUUGAAGCACACGGGCGCAGUGCUGAAGGGGCCUUUCUCCCGCUACGAUUACCAGAGGCAGCCUGACAGUGGGAUCUCCUCCAUUCGUUCUUUUAAGACCAUCCUUCCUGCUGCCGCCCAGGAUGUCUAUUACCGGGAUGAGAUUGGUAAUGUUUCCACCAGCCACCUCCUUAUCUUGGAUGACUCUGUGGAAAUGGAAAUCCGGCCUCGAUUUCCUCUCUUUGGAGGGUGGAAGACACACUACAUCGUUGGUUACAACCUCCCAAGCUAUGAAUACCUCUAUAAUCUGGGUGACCAGUAUGCACUGAAGAUGCGGUUUGUAGACCACGUGUUUGAUGAGCAAGUGAUAGAUUCUCUGACAGUGAAGAUCAUCUUGCCCGAGGGAGCCAAGAACAUCCAGGUGGACAGUCCCUACGAUAUCAGCCGGGCCCCAGACGAGCUGCAUUAUACCUACCUAGACACGUUCGGCCGCCCGGUGAUUGUGGCUUACAAGAAGAAUCUCGUCGAGCAACACAUUCAGGACAUUGUGGUGCACUACACGUUCAACAAGGUUCUCAUGCUGCAGGAGCCGCUGCUGGUCGUGGCCGCCUUCUACAUCCUGUUCUUCACCGUCAUCAUCUACGUCCGUCUGGACUUUUCCAUCACCAAGGAUCCAGCUGCAGAAGCCAGGAUGAAAGUGGCCUGUAUCACAGAGCAGGUCUUAACCCUGGUCAACAAGAGGCUGGGCCUCUACCGUCACUUUGAUGAGACUGUCAAUAGAUACAAGCAGUCCCGGGAUAUCUCUACCCUCAACAGUGGCAAGAAGAGCCUAGAGACAGAGCACAAGGCUGUGACCAGCGAGAUUGCUGUACUGCAGUCUCGGCUGAAGACGGAGGGCUCAGACCUGUGUGACAGGGUGAGUGAGAUGCAGAAGCUGGACGCCCAGGUCAAGGAGCUGGUCCUGAAGUCGGCGGUAGAAGCAGAGAGGCUGGUGGCUGGCAAGCUCAAGAAGGAUACGUACCUGGAAAACGAGAAGCUCAGCUCAGGAAAACGCCAGGAGCUGGUCACCAAGAUCGACCACAUCCUGGAUGCUCUGUAGCUCCUGGCUCCAGAGCAGGCCCAGGUGCCUAGACUUCCAGUGGCAUUGGAUAGGUAGAAAGAGGAGGUUGUGGUUAGCCCAAGGCCUCAAGACACCACUGAGGCCUGUCCGUGGCAGUGGCCUAUCCGUGGCACUGCGGGAAGCUUGUCCCUUAUUUCUGAAUGGUUCCCUUUUUUUUAAAAAAGCAAAAACCUAGACAAAAAAUUCUGUUUAAAAGACAAACUUGGCUGUGUUUUGAGCACAGGCGUUUCAGCAGUUGAUGGGUGGUUUCUGUUUUGACAGCUGGGGAUUUUUCUGUCUUCAAGUCCUGUUUUAUGGUCUUCUGAUUUCUAAUGUUUGGGUCUUUUGUGAGCGUAUGCAUGGUUUUUUAAAAGUGUGUAUGACCAAAUGAAAAUAAAGGAGGGACUGUGAACAUUUGCUUUUGCUGUACUGAAAAAUCUCUCAUGUAAUUCUGAAGUUUGGGGAUAUUGCUUUUAUCAAGAUGGGUUUUCUUGUUGUGUGUGCAAGGCAAGUGUCAGAACACUGAUACAAGUCUCGAGAGGCCCAGUAAGGUCCGGAGGCCACACAACAGGGGUGGAGUGAGCCUUUGUAUUCCUUAAAUCUGUGCCACACGUGCUGAGCAUUAGAAACUGUGAUGGGCGAGCAGUCAUGGUUCAUAAUCUCCAAUUGGCCACACUGUGAGGAAGUCAUGGACUGGAGAACACUGGGCUAAGUCUGGGUGGGUGUGUGUUUGAGGGGAGGGGAGUCCAGAGCUGAGCCUUAAGAACCGUGCAGGCCAGUGUUCCAGGCAGUGGGCAGUGUGUGUGAAGGGCCCUGGUGCUUGAGGACCCACAGAGGGCCUGUACUAGAGUGGAUAUUACAGGUUAUGACAGGGCUGCAGAGGUGCAAGUCCAGAACAAGAUAGCUUCAUAGGUCUCUAAGGCUCUGGCUUACUUUAUAUCAGGGCAGACUGAGCACUGGGCCAGGGCUGUUUUGGUUGAAAACACAGCCAGAGUUUGGUAUGAGAAAGCCAGGAGCAUAUUGUAAUCCAGGUCAAAGAUGAUACCCAGAUGUGGGGGUUGGUGUUGGGUGGUUGAGAACGUGCUAGGAAGCAUCUGCCUGUUUGCUCCUUCAAGUAACAUACAGAGGUCAGGAAGCUGUCACCUGACUGAGUCAGGCUCUCGUGCACCUCCUGCACAUCUUAGGUGACUGUUGUAACGUGACCUGGGCCAGCAGACAGAUAGAAGCUCACCUUCUGGCUAACACUAAUAGAUGGCUACGGGCUGCCUGUCUGGCUUAUGUACAUCUUAGGUUGGUGGCGCUGUCUGAUGUGUUUGUACCAUCCACUGAGAACAGAGAACUAUGGGCCAGUUUUGAGAAACGGGUGGACUGGUUUCUGAUACCAAUCAUGAGACGCCUGAGAGCUCCAAAUAGGAUGUCCACAGACAGCCCAGAACCUGACAAGGAGAUAUGUGGUUGGGGAUGUCAUGUGGUUUAUCCAGCACAAAGUUGGUUAGGGAAAUGGGAUGGAGAUUGUGGUGGGUAGGUGUGCCCAUGAAGAAUGUAGAAUUAGAAGACACCUAGGGCAUUCGUGGCAGGAUAUGGUCUGCUACUUAGAAGGCUGAGGAUCACUGAACAAAGAAAUUUGAGAUCAGAGCAAUGUGGAGAGACUCUCUCUUUAAGAAAGCAUUUAUUGAAUGGAAAUCAAUACUUUUUAAUAUCUGCAAGCCAACGCUGAGCUCACUUUAUUCAAGAAUGAAUAAACGAGAUGAAUAUAC